UACACUUAUAACUGAUAAUACAGUGUCUCCCUAACAAAUUAAAUUUGCAAAUGGUCAGGUUUUGAUUUAAUCUCUUAGCAGAAAUACAUGAAUCCUAUUUACAUGUUCUAUAUUUUACAGUUACAAAUAGUGUAUUAUAUAUUAAAUUAUAUAUUUGUGUGGAUGGGGGAUUGUUUUGGAUCCAUUCCUUAAACUCAUUUGCUUGGCCUGGAACUGACAAACAGAAAGCAGAGCACAGAGAUCCUGGUUUCUGCCAAGAUCUCCUUGCGUGUACUAUCAUGAGAAUCCAAGACAAACUCCUGGGGAGGUCUCUACCAGUGAGGAGUCAACAGCAGUAGACACAAGGCCCAUAGUGGUUUGGGUUAAAGGUUAACUCAAACCUCAUUAUGAGCAGACCCCACCUGGCUCAACUUCCUGAAUUUGUUCGUCAUUCACCCCAUGCAACGUCUGUGAUCAACACAUGAACUUUGGGUUGUGAAACAACUGGAACUUUGGAGCAGCGCCCCUUUCACUGUUCCUCCUCCUGUGCCUUCCUUUUUUUUCUUUCCCCUCACUGUCCCCCACUCCUUCCCCCGCCAACUCCCCCCAACUCUGAGCUCCUCCUCUGCUGAAAAGACACAUUUCCUGAUGUCAUUACUAAAUCAAAAUUCUGCUCGGCAAACAGAUGUUGUGAGAGGCCCAACAUGUGGAUUCAGUGACAUAAAUUAACAAGUUGGUCGUGAGAAAACAUAAACCAUUCAAUUUUUCAAUCAAUGAAACCACCUCUCUCACACUGCUCUUUAAAGUGGUGAGGGGAGACAGUGAGAAACUACCUUACAGAUGUAGCACACUCAUGAGCUGCUCAUGACAUAAAACACCUAAAAGUUUCCCACACUUUUGGUGGAAAUAUCAGUUAGCUAGCCUUUUAAACAGCUGGUCAGCUCUGACUAAUAACUUCUUCCAGGUUUGGUCAAAUUAACCUAAAUAUGAAAUCAUGGCUGUCUGCACAAAACACCCUGCAGAGUCAUGAUUACAUCCACCCCAAAACGCUAAGCCCUAAAUGUUUACUUAUGUUUCCUAUUUGGCAGAGGCAGCCCAAAAGGCAAAUAAAUGACAUGCUGUGAGCUGGCCAGGCCUUCGACUGUGAGAAACUGAGACUAAAAAGCAGAACAAGAGUUAAAGAGUAAAGGGUUUUCAGAUGUGAGUCCAGCCCAGCUUGGGUGUGCUCCCUUUUAUUUGGGAGAAUGGAGAGGACAAUCUUUGUUGCCUCCACCCCUUUAAAAAAGGAAGAAAAUCCUAAAGAAACGUGUGUUGGAGAGCGGAAGAGCUGCUGCCAAGGCACAGGGCCGUCAGACAGAUCUUCGAAGAACAUCUGGUAACCGCGGGUAACACUGUUUGGACAUCUGGUAACCGAAGGUUACACUGCGUCUCUUCCAUCCUGUCGGGUUUCCUGUUAUGCCUCGCUGUACACAGUCUAAGAAGUUUAGGGUUAUUAUAUAUGGUCACCGGUUGGGGAAAACGUAUUUUUAUUCAUUUUUUCUGACAUGAAGGGAGCACUUGGUUUCAUUGGGGUAUUCCUCUCCUUUCUCUGCGAUGCCACUUAUGGAGAGUCUACCUUGAGUCUACCAUUUGCUUGUGGGAAUCAUUCUCACCAUUGUCAGGGGUAUUGCAGCUUCUGUAAGGAGUUUUAUGGUGCACCAACAAUGAAUUGCCUUUCCACCAUGCUUGACAUUCUAUGUCUCCCCAAAUUUGAUGAAGCAAUGGCAUCACUAAACAACACUGACUGGUGCACUUGGGGCAAUGUGAGCGUUUUAUAUAGUAACCUAAGCCUUUGCACAGAGGACAUAUCUGACUGUCUAGUGAUCCCAUGGCCCAACCCGCUGGUGGAACAGACCUUUGUGAACAUUCACUCCAGGUUUUUCAAGGAUUGUCCCACAGAGCAGCUCAGCGACCCACCCCCAGUCAUCGUCUUUGCCUUGGUGAUAACUCCCAUCUGCCUGAUCCCUGUCAUGGUUAGCCUCGUGGUGCUUAAGACCAAGAAUGCGGAUGGUAGCUCCUGAAAAUCCUGAAUCUUGGCCUUGCUCACAAUUCCCAAGAAUAUCAUGUUUUUGACCUGCGCUCUCCCUUCUUUCCAAACCUAAGGACUACAGCUUGUUAACACAUACACCGCAGACGAGCUUUCAUCCCACCAGUGACCUUGAAGAGGACUGAAUAUUUCAGAGGAAUUCUAAAAUAUUUGCCUUAGAGGAACCAUUUUGAGAAGAUGACACAGAUUUAGCGUCAAUGUCAUAAUCAGUGGCAUCAGAAUGAUUGCAUCUGUUCAAUAACAACCUCCUCGAUGCUAACAGAGACACACUGUGACAAAAUCUAUGUAAUUAUAAAUUCCUGUACCAUACUGUGAUAAAAGUUUGGUUUUCAACCAACCCACUCGAGAUCUGAACAUUUAUCUAGUAGUUAUCCAAUUUGCAGACGCUAUUUAGAAAACAAAGUUUGGUUUUCUGCUUGAGAACCCAGUAUUCAGGGUUAUGAUGACAAAAGCUCUGGAGCUUGCAAAAGUAAAAUCAGAUGUAUUGACGCUCCUCUACAUGUUGGAAAGCAGUUGUGUUGAUAAAAGACAAGGUCAUUUUUUAUUACUGAACUCCUGAACUCUUCUAAUGCAAUUUUAUUUUUCUGCCAAUCAAACUUAACUCUGCUUUGAGCCACCGAUUCAACAAUGUACUAUAUGUAUGCGGAGGACAUGUGCAACCUAAACUGAUUUUAAGUCUGGAUUAGAUAAGGUAUAUGUCCACAUUUGAUCUAGAAAAAGUUAUCUAUAUGUGUAAGGAAAGGACAGGAAAAUGAGUAUGGUGUGAUGCAUGGAUCUGGUUAUGUGUGUCAUAGUGUGUAAGGUUUGAGGUCAGAGGUUACAGAUGGGACACAAUGAGUGGGUAUACCCAGAAAGGGAGAUUUCUUUCCUGGUUUUGUCUAUUUUUGAACAGUAAGAAACCCUUUAGCACUUUCUCCUGUCCAAACAACGGCAAUCCUCAAUAAGCUAAUUGAAGUAAAUUUUAUCGAACAUCUCCAUCCAGAUCAGACAAAACACCA